AUGAAGUUCGGUGAGCACUUGAGAAAAUCUCUCAUCAAAGAUUACUCCUUCUACUACAUCAACUACGAUGAUCUUAAGCACUUUUUGAAGAAGGGAUUGAAAGACAAUGAGAACAAAUGGUCCAAUGAAUUGGAAGAAGAGUUUCUUGCUGACAUGGAAGAUGAAUUGGACAAGGUUUACCUGUUCACCAAGGUGAAGAACACUGAAGUUCACCGCAGAAUCAAGGACUCCGAGAAGUAUGUGUACGAAGUGGUCUCAGCCAUCGACAACCCCAACCCUGCCGAAAGACCUAGUGAGCAGGUCUUUGAGGACUUGGAAGACGAAUUGUCUGAUAUCAUUGCCGACGUGCACGACUUGGCCAAGUUCACUAGAUUGAACUACACCGGGUUCCAGAAGAUCUUGAAGAAGCACGACAAAACCACCAAGUUCACCUUGAGACCCAUCUUUGCUGUUCGUCUCUCCGCCAAACCCUUUUACAAGGACAACUACGACAACUUGAUCGUAAAGUUGUCCAGGCUGUACGACCUUGUCAGAACCAGAGGUAACCCAGUUAGAGGAGAUUCGUCUGCUGGGGGUUCUCAGCAGAAUUUCGUCAGACAAACUACGAAAUAUUGGGUUCAUCCUGAUAAUAUUACCGAAUUGAAGUUGGUUAUCUUGAAGCAUUUGCCAGUUUUAGUGUUCAAUGCCGAAAAGGAGUUCGACCAAGAGGAUAGUGCAAUUACUUCUAUUUAUUUUGACAACAAGGACAUGGACUUGUACUACGGUAGAUUGAGAAAGGAUGAAGGUGCCGAGGCUAUCAGAUUAAGAUGGUACGGUGGUAUGAAGUCAGACCAAAUUUUCGUGGAAAGAAAGACUCACAGAGAAGAUUGGACUGGUGAAAAAUCCGUUAAAGCUAGAUUUGCUUUGAAAGAGAAAAAGGUCAAUGCCUUCUUGAGUGGUGAAUUUACCGCUGUCCAAGCCUUUGAAAAAGCUAGAAAAGAUGGUAAAAAAUCAACCCAAGAAAUUGACAACUUAGAAAGAUUGGCAAAGGAAGUCCAAUAUAGAGUUAUUAAGGACAAGAUGAGACCGGUCAUGAGAUCUUUCUACAACAGAACUGCGUUCCAAUUACCAGGUGACGCAAGAGUCCGUAUUUCCUUAGAUACCGAAUUAUCCAUGGUUAGAGAGGACAACUUCGAUGGCCAUGAUAGAACCAAUGGUAACUGGAGAAGAACUGACAUCGGUGUUGACUUCCCAUUCAACCAAUUACCAGAUGCAGACAUCGAAAGAUUCCCUUACGCUGUGUUGGAAGUCAAAUUGCAGACACAGUUGGGUCAAGAACCACCACAGUGGAUUAGAGAUUUGGUUGUGUCCCAUCUUGUUGAAGCUGUGCCUAAGUUUUCUAAAUUUAUCCAUGGUGGUGCAAGUUUGUUACCAGACUACGUUGAAUUGUUGCCAUUUUGGUUACCACAGAUGGAUGUUGACAUUAGAAAACCAAAAAGUCAAGAGAAUAUCGGUAUCAGAAGACAAAUUCAAUCUUCCCAUAAAUCAUCUUCAUCUGGAGGUGAAUUGGACGAGGAAGAAUUAUUGGAUGGAACUGAUUACUCAGGCUAUGGGGGAGUUCAUUUCUCCAACGAUAUAAAUCCAUUAGAAGAGGAUUUAGACGAGCAAACUCCAUUAUUAUUACCAUCAACUUAUAACCAAAGAACUUCCGACAGUCCAAUUACUGCCUUUGUUUACAAGGUUUACGGUGGAUUCUUGCACUAUUUCAAUGACGAUAGAACGUUUACGGUCAAGCCAGGAACUAAUUUUGACUUGAACGAAACGUUCAAGGACAAAUUACCAAAGGGUAAGACCAUUUGUAUCCCAAUAAGAAUUGAACCUAAAGUGUACUUUGCAGCUGAAAGAACAUUUUUAAGUUGGUUGUCUAUUGGUAUGCUUUUGGGGUUCACCGCAUCAGCAUUAUUGAACUAUGGUAACAAGAGUGCAAUUACUGCAGCUAUCGGGUUCUUCAUUACUGCUCUUUUCACAAUGUCAUAUGCUAUUUAUACAUAUGUUACAAGGACUAUUAAUAUCAGAGAAAAGAAGCCUCUUGGUUAUGCUGAUGAACUUGGAGUCAACUUGAUUUGUUUAUUCUUGGCUACUUCUACGUUUGCUACGUUCCUUUUCAAGUUUUUAGAAUAA